GAAGGCCCCAACAAGACGGGAACUUCCUGUGCCCUGGACUGUGGCGCCGGCAUCGGAAGGAUCACCAAGCGGCUGCUCUUGCCGCUGUUCAGAGAGGGGGACAUGGUGGACUUGACGGAGGACUUCCUGGUGCAGGCCAAGACCUACCUGGGGGAGGAGGGCAAGAGGGUGAGGAACUACUUCUGCUGCGGCCUGCAGGACUUCAGCCCGGAGCCCGCCUCCUACGACGUGAUCUGGAUCCAGUGGGUGAUAGGCCACCUGACAGAUGAGCACCUGGCCGAGUUUCUGCGGCGCUGCCAGAGCGGCCUCCGUCCCAACGGCAUCAUCGUCAUCAAGGACAACAUGGCGCAGGAGGGCGUGAUCCUGGACGACGUGGACAGCAGCGUGUGCCGUGACCUCCAGGUGGUCCGCAGGAUUGUCCACGGCGCGGGCCUCAGCCUCUUGGCUGAGGAGAGGCAGGAGAACCUCCCGGAUGAGAUCUACCACGUGUACAGCCUGGCCCUGAGAUAAGCCGGCUGGCGGGAGAUGGAGGUGUCACGGCUGGGGGGGGAGGUGGCGGCUGGGCCGGCUCGGGCAGCACGCCGUCCAAGUGUGGGAGGCCACUAAAUACACUUGUUGCGGUCCACUCGCUGGGCAGGCUCUUCUUCAAAAGGCCAGGUGGGGCCUGGGGGGAGGGGGAAGCCGCCCAUGGAGCAGAGAGGCCGCCCUGGCCCUGCUGCACGGUGGGGCGGCCCAGAGGGCUCCAGGGCCCCCGUGGGGACGCAGGACCACUGAGGCUGACUCCCCAGCUCCGGCCUGGCCUUCCCCACACCUGCGUACCUGAGGGCAGAGGGACACCCUCGGCUCGGCUGCUGAGGACCUGAGUGUGGUCUUCACCUGGGGAAGAAGAGUGGCCUGGGGCACCCGCCCAAUGGUGCCACGUGUGGGAACAUUCCUGUGCCCAGUCCUGGGAGACGGGUCCUGGUGCCCUCGAAGUGCUGUCACGACAGCCUGCAGCAAGGGGUCACCUGGGGCCUCCCUCUGUGCUGGGCCUGGGGACCUCUGUGGCAGGCACUGAGGUCAGAAAUAAAAGGGCGCGCCUGUGCUGUGAUAGCC